GUGUCUUUUACUAAGGACACCACUUAUCAAGAGACACCGGCUGCUGUCCACUGGAAUUCUUGAGAAACGGCGGUAAAUGGAGGAGAAGAGCAAAGUACUGAUCAUCGGAUCAACUGGCAAUCUGGGUUACCAUCUGGCCAUCUUCAGCCUCAAAUGCUCUCACCCGACAUUCCUUCUCGUUAGAGAAUCGGCUCUUGAUGACCCAAUCAAAGCUCAAAAGCUCCAGUUUCUCACCAAUGGUGGCGCCACCGUGAUAAAGGGUUCAUUGCAGGAUGAGAAUGUUCUGGUGGAGGCAGUGAAGCAAGUUGACAUCGUGAUUUGCUCGAUUCCAUCGAAGCAGGCUGACGAACAGAAGCUCCUUAUCAAAGCCAUCAAACAAGCAGGCAGCUCCAUCAAGAGGUUUAUACCGUCAGAAUUUGGGGCAGAUCCGGAUAGAACUCAAAUUUCUGGAAUGGACUAUGGCUUCUAUUCGAGAAAAGCUGAGAUUAGGCGUUUGAUAGAAGCUGAAGCAAUUCCAUACACAUACGUUUGCAACAACCUCCUAAUGAGCUGCUUGCUUCCAUCCCUUGUCCAACCAGGCCUCAAAUCCCCACCCAGAGAUAGAGUGACAAUAUUUGGAAAUGGGGAUGUCAAAGGUGGUAUUAGUAGUAGAUUCAUUAGUAGAUAUUCAGGACUACUUGGUUGGGUUUUGUGUUGAUUAGGGUUAGUGUUCAUUUGCUUUGUUUCGUGUUGCAGGUGUGUUUGUGAAGGAAGAAGAUGUUGCUGCCUUUACAAUGAGAACUGUGGACGAUCCAUCCACAUUGAACAAGGUACUGUACUUGAGGCCUCCCGGCAACGUGGUUUCCAUGAAUGAACUGGUUGGGAUGUGGGAGAGUUUGACAGGGACGAAUGUGGAGAAGCGUUAUGUCUCGGAAGAACAGAUGUUGAACCAAAUCAAAGGUUGCUUCUUCUUCUUCUUCUGCUGCUGCUGCUGCUUGUUGGUUUGAUCAUGUUUGCUGACCUGAAAUGCUUCUUACUCUGAUGUUUUUUUUUAUGGAUGAUCUGUUCUAUACUCGAUCCUUUCCCUGCAGAGACUCCAUAUCCGGGGAACAUGCAGCUGAUAUUCAUAUAUUCGGUGUUUGUGAAAGGCGAUCACACCUACUACGAGAUCGACCCUUCAUCUGGUUUCGAAGGCUCGCAAUUGUACCCGGAAGUGAGAUAUACUACCGUCGAGGAAUGCCUCUCUACCCUGCUGUAACCAGCUUUUUCUUGGUUUUCGAGUUCCUUGUUGAUAACGUUAUCUUCUCCAAUCUUUGAACUGUACCAUGAAAAUGAGCUUGCAGGCAUAUGCUUGUGUUUCAGUUUGUUCAUUUUCUUAGGCCUUAUCUCUUCAGGUAGUGGAAACUCGCGAAAGUCACCGUCGGAUUCUCAGGCCUGAAAAAUCUGGAGUCAGGACAAAGAGAAGAAGGUUGAAUGUCAACAUUUCAACCGAAAGGAAUCCACUAAAAUAAAGCAGUUAUCGUUGAACCCAUGAACAUGAAGGGCUUGUCUAGUUUGGAUUUGAAAUUAGGAAUAGAAGCUUCUGAGCGAGCUUACAUUAUAAUAUUUUGAAGGUUGGUGAAGACGACUUAUGAACUUGGACGGAUUCCUGGCUCCAUUUCCACACGGAUUUUCCCCUUUUUUCCCUCCUUUCCUAUCUUUUGCUUUAAGAAGCAGAAUGAUCAAAGUCGACGCUUACUAAUAAUCAGUGUGUUCCCACUAAUUGACAACCCAACCGCAGCCAGAGCUCCCUUAUAAAUCACACUUCCAUUUCUUCUUUUCUCCCUUUCCUAAGCAAAACCCAUUCAGCUCAGAGCUUGCUGCUUACUUCACUCGCCGGAAACUAAGCUAAAGGUUCCAACUUUCUUCCACCAAUGGCCGAGAAAUCGAAGAUUCUGGUGAUCGGAGGAACAGGGUACAUCGGGAAGCACAUCGUGGAAGCUAGUGCUAAGGCCGGAAACCCAACUUUCGCACUCGUCAGAGAGUCCACUCUCUCCUCCAAAGCCGCCAUCGUUGACGGAUUCAAGUCACUUGGUGUCACCAUCGUCGUUGGAGAUAUUGACGAUCACGAGAAGCUGGUGAAGGCGAUCAAGGAAGUGGAUAUCGUGAUCUCCGCGCUCGGUCAGAAUAUCCCCGAUCAGGUCAAGAUCAUCGCCGCCAUCAAAGAGGCCGGAAAUGUCAAGAGAUUCUUGCCGUCGGAGUUUGGGAACGACGUCGGCAGGACCCGGGCAGUGGAGCCGGUGAGAUCAAUCUUCCAGGAGAAGGUGAAAAUCCGGGAGGCGGUUCAGGCCGCCGGAAUUCCUCACACCUUCGUCUCCUCCAACUGCUUCGCCGGCUACUUCCUCCCCAAUCUGAACCAGCCCGGCGCCACUUCUCCUCCCAGAGACAAUGUCGUCAUCUUGGGCGACGGAACCGCCAAAGCGGUUUACAACAAGGAGGAAGAUAUCGGCGCAUUCGCGAUCAAAGCAGCGCAAGAUCCAAGAACACUGAACAAGAUCGUCUACAUCAGGCCGGAGAGCAACACUUACUCGUUCAACGACCUCGUGGCGCUGUGGGAGAAGAAGAUUGGGAAAAGCUUGCAGAAGAUCUACAUUCCAGAGGAACAGAUCCUGAAGAACAUCCAAGAAGCUGAAAUCCCGAUGAACAUUAUCUACGCGCUGGGGCAUGCGGUGUUCGUGCUGGGAGAUCAGACUUACUUCGAGAUCGAGCCGUCGUUCGGGCUGGAGGCGUCGGAGCUGUAUCCUGAUGUUAAGUACACGACCGUGGAUGAAUACCUGGACCAAUUUGUGUAAUUCUGUUACAAGAAGAAGAAGAAGAAGAGAUUUUUAAUUUCCCAGUCUGGACUUUGAUUUUCUACUUUGUCAGCUGUUCAUCUAUGUUUACAUUCCACUGUACUGUAUUCCCUUCCCGCCAUGGAUUUGAUUUGCGGUUUCAUCAGGUUUCUUGAUUAUGUCUAAUCUUGUUAUGUUGGUGGGUGAAACUGAAAUCUCUUUCUAACCUCUCAAAAC